GAAAGACUGUGUACUCGAGUACUCGUAGACUGUCUCGUACCUAUCUACCAAUUUCCAAACUCCAGGCGUGUCUGGAGUCGUCUAGUGCAAACAGUGCAGCCUGCUCGAUAUAAUCCUACUCGGCGACAUCAAUACUGGCUAUUACGAGCAUUGCAGAUUGCAAGAAAAAACAUCUCAUGCUACUGUGCUGCAUCGAGUCCCUCGAACCGGGAUGUCGACUACCACCUCGAUCCCAACGUCCGCCCCUCUUCCUCGAACUUCGUCCUUAAGCGCAGGUGGUCAUCUGCACGGCGAUGCAUCAGCUGUGAACGGUCAUCACAGCCAUGUGCAUGAUCAUUCGACAGCCCCCAAUCCAGCAGGCCUAUCGAAUGCGUCGAAGAAGGGAAAAAUGAAGAAGACCACGGAUCCAAACGAGGCCUCGAAGCUUAUUGCUGCCAAGAUAUCGCAACUCGAACUAGAUGCUGCAGGAGAGAAGGAUCAAGAGGCAGAAAUAGAACGGGAGGUUAAGAAGGCUAGUCGAGAACUGAACAACCAGACGUCAAAACUCGAUGACAUCCAGAAAAUCGAGGCUCUUCAGAAACGAUGCGCCGACUUAUUCGCGGAGAUGAAGCGCCUAGAGCGGGACAACUUGAAGAACAAGAAGCGAGGAGACCAGCUGCAAAAGGAGAAAGACCACAGCAGGACCGAACUGAGCAAGAAUGUCUCUCUGAGAGAAAAGCUGGAGAAACUUUGCAGGGAGCUCCAGAGAGAGAACAAUCGCCUAAAGGGCGAGAACAAGACAUUACAAGAUGCAGAAAAGCGCAAUCAUGAGGACUGGGACAACAAGUAUGAGGAUAUGCUUUGGCAAUUACAGGACUACCAAGAGGACAAAGACCAUCCUCAAGCCCAGGUUGUGAACGUGGAAGUUGACGAGCUAUUUCGACAACGCUUCAAGUCUCUCAUCGACCAGUACGAACUUCGAGAGCUCCAUUUUCACUCACUCAUGCGGACGAAGGAACUCGAGGUGCAGUACAAUAUGGCACGGUACGAGCGAGAACGGAAAGCCGCUGAGCAAGAGAUGGCUAGGUCUAGGACGUUAAAUACGCAGGUAUUGACUUUCUCGAAGACCGAGUCUGAGCUAAGGAGCCAACUCAACAUCUAUGUCGACAAGUUCAAGCAGGUCGAGGAUACAUUGAACAAUAGCAAUGAUCUGUUCAUGACUUUCCGUAUGGAAAUGGAGGAGAUGUCUAAGAAAACGAAACGCCUCGAGAAGGAAAACAUGACUCUGACUCGCAAGCAUGACCUAACUAAUCGCAAUAUUAUUGAGAUGGCGGAAGAGCGAACCAAGACGACUCGCGAACUGCAGACUCUCCGUAAAAAGAACGAGAAGUUAACCGACAUCAUCAACCAGAUGCAGAAACAAGGUAGGGGUUUGGCACAAGGCAUGGCUGGCAUGAUGGAGGGGGCUGUAGAAGGAAGCUAUGCCGAGGGCGAAGGCGAUCCAGAAGGAACGGAAAGCGAGUAUGAGUACGAAGACGAAGACGAGGAGGAAGGUAGUGAGGAGGGGGAAUACGAUGAGGACACGGAGGAAGAGCUGCACCCAGAGGCACCUCAACCUUUUGGCCCGGUUCCCCCUCCGCCGCCUCCGCCGCAGGCGACAACCAAUGGCUCUAUGGCCAAUGGUGUCAAGCAUUGAUGCGUGUAUUAUUUAGUACUAUUACCUAGGUUCUGCUGUCGACACCGUGUGAAGGCAAAUUAUAUAUGUUGGCAGCCAUUUGUCUCUUCAUGAAGUGCUGAUGCGAUGCUGGGCCAGAAUCUCCCGAGACAGUAUUUACUGCACAACAAGAUAGUCAGUUCCCAUGAUAAGAAGAUGUAACCACAACGCCAAUGAGGCACGCUAUUGCGCAUACUCUCCGUGCCUCCUGCCGUACAAAGCCUCACUUGCGUCAUUGAGGG